CACACACUCUCACGCAUGUCCGCACACACACACACACACACACACAGAGCGCGAGAGCUCGGUGAUGAUGGCGGCGGUGUCGGUUGUUCGCCGGUUCGUGUCUCUCUCGGUUCGGCUCGGGACUCUUCAGCACCGGACCGCAGUGAGCACCACCAGCGGAGCCAUUCUGCCCAAACCCAAGAAAACGGCGUUCGGUCUGGUGAGGAUCAUGAUGGUCGUGGCUCCGUUCCUGUACGUCGGGACUCUGAUCAGUAAGAACUUCGCAGCUCUGCUGGAGGAGCAUGAUAUAUUCGUGCCUGAGGAUGACGAUGAUGACGACUGAGCACAGACGCCGCUGAUUCACUCCGUAAACUCAAGCGCUGGAGGAGUCCCUGUGUUUUCACUCCUUCACAUGAAUCAGUUCUGUUCGUCUGUGUAUUACUGUGUAUUUAUGAAGAUUCAUUAAGAGCUGAACUCUUGAUUCUGAGUGUUGAUGACUGAUCUAUAAUAAAGAAUAUAAACCCUA